AACCAAUAACCAUCAUCAUAAUACAAUGCGCAUGACCAGGGACAGCUUGCUUCACGCUGCUAAAUCUUUAUGCAUGGAUUUCGCAUCCAAGAAAGAUCCAGAUACUCUCAUAACGCACUUCUCUACAACACAUCAGUGCGUAGCAGCAUAUGAACAUGGUUUACCCAUUCUUGCCCCAUUUCUGGGUCGUCACUUCGUCGGACGUGACGGAGUACGAGAUUACUUCAAGAUCAUAGCCUCUACUUUGAGCUUUGAGAAGAUGGAGUUUUCAGAGUACAUCGUCGAUCCAGAAGUCCAGAAAGUUUCGGUAAAAGGUCGAGCAAGAUUCACCUGGUUGAGCACAAAGCAGAGCUGGGACGAGAUAUUUACAUAUGUGCUAGACUUUGACGAUGAUUGCAAGGUUACAGAUUAUCAGGUUUGGGCAGAUACAGGCGCUGCAUACCUUGCCAGCAGAGGUCAGUCGGGCAUGAGUUAGGCCUUGCAUUUCACAUGUCACACCUGCCGCAUGCUUCCAUGGGAUUUAACAUGUGCAACAGCGCGUGCACUUGAAGACUUCCGAUUGGCUUGAAUACCUAGCCUACACCUUUUUUGCCUGGUGUCACCUACACCACUCCUGCAGAAUCGAGAUUCAGUUACCAGCCAGUACUAUGUGGUCCCAGGUCUUAUCAUUCCCUUCUAAGCUCUCUCACUUUGUUUCCAUUUUCACUGUUCUAAAACCUGGUAUUGCUGCAGUCUGCAGAACAGCCA